AUGGCUUUUAUACAGCUUUGUGCACACAAAGUGAUGACGUCAGUAAAGUGUGUUUACAAUUUUGACAUUUUGGAGGGAAUUUCACAGUGGUGGUGGAUGAAUUUUAGUGAUAUUAGGUUUAUGGUUUAGUUCUCUAUGAUAGUUACAAAGAAGGGAAACAUUUAAUCAGCAUCAUAAGCAAACAUGUAUUCGAACUAGCCCAACAUUUCAUCUUGAGAUCGACGAAGGAUCAUGAGAUGGACGCGGAGAAAUAUACAGAGUGAGCUAGAACACAUGAAGCAGACAAGCUGUGCUAUCUGACCAUUAUGCAGACACAGAGGGAGCUGAGUAGCUUUCCAAUAGCUCCUGUACAUAAGACAAAACUGGCUGCAGCAGGAUUUCUCAUUGUUGAGGAUAUGAAGGGCAUGAAACCAUCUGAACUCAGCAAAGAGACUGGCAUUGGUAUGGAAGAAUCACUGGACAUUUUAAAGCUGGUGCUGGGAACAGAUGGGAAGGGAGAUAACUCUGGUCAUGUAGACAAGUCAGCACUAGACAUUCUGAAACAGGAACAAUCACUUCCCUACAUUGUAACAUUCUCCGAACGGCUAGACAACAUGUUGGGCGGUGGAAUUCCACUCUGCAAGAUCACCGAGUUCUGUGGUGCUCCUGGCACAGGCAAAACUCAAAUAUGUAUGCAGCUGGCUGUAGAUGCACAGAUACCCGAGUGCCUGGGAGGCCUAGAGGCAGAGGUUGUGUACAUAGACACGGAGGGUAGCUUUAUUGUGGAGCGCCUCGUUGACAUUGUCACUGCAUCAGUGGAACACUGUAAACAAAUUGCUGGAGGUGAACAAGAUUCUGAUGACUUACAAGGGUUCACCCCGGAGAAUGUGUUGUCACGGAUACAUUACUAUCGCUGUCAUGACUACAUAGAACUACUGGCCACCAUUCACCUCUUACCUGACUUUGUCAAACAUCAUUCAAAAGUGCGACUUGUGAUUGUAGAUAGUGUGGCCUUUCACUUUCGUCACGACUUUGAUGAUAUGUCCCUGAGGACACGCCUACUUACCUCCACAGCUCAGAAUCUCAUCAAACUGGCAACCACCUACCAACUUGCGGUUGUCCUGACCAAUCAGAUGACUACGAAAGUGCGAUUGGGUGAAGCCUCACAGCUGGUGCCAGCCUUGGGAGAGAGUUGGGGUCACGCGAGUACUAUCCGGGUGAUUCUGUAUUGGGAGGGACAGAAGCGGUAUGCCUGGCUGUAUAAAUCUCCGUCACACAGAGAGGCUCGAGUCCUAUACCAAGUCACGAUGGGAGGAAUCCGUGAUGUUGUUACAGAAGAGGAGAACAACGAUGAUAAUGAAGAACUAAAUACAGAUGAAAAUCCAACGAAACGGCAAAGAAUAACGUGACAACACCCAGAACUCUUAUUCUUCAAUUCAAACUUGUCAUGAGUAAGGUAUAUGCUACAUAACAUGAAUGAGGAAAUCAGAUGUCUUUUAUUUAAUAAAGCAGAUAAGUUUGAAAGAAAAUAAUUCUGACAACUCCUGAGAAAUAACUGUUUUAUAAUGAAAGACAAACCUUGUAAUAACCUCUGCAAUAUUACAAACCUCUGAUUGGUUGAUAAAAGCAUGUGUUAACCUCCAAUAGGUUCUUAAAAUUAUGUUUUAACCGCUGAUGGGUUCACAAAAUCAUGUAUUUUGGCGCUUCUCGGUUUCAAAGUCAAAGUUAUUUGUCAAGGUCAACAUGAAAUGUCGGGCCUGGACACUUUUUGGCUUUAUGCAAAUGCUUGUGUACAUGCAGUAAACCCUGAAACAAUUUCUUUUUUCUCUGAUGAAUUACGUAUGUAUAACUGCAUAGCUCACCUGUCGGAUGGUCAUCAUGUGGUGCUAUAUAGAGUGGAGCUAAUAUAGAGUGGAGCUAUAUAGAGUGGUGCUAUAUAGAGUGGAGCUAUAUAGAGUGGAGCAUGUCUAUGUGAAUCCACUGCCUGUAUGUUACUUUGUUGAUGAGUACUGUUUAUGUUAUUCCAUGUUGAUUGAAAUAUUAAAAUUUAAUAGAAAUCAA